AUGGCUAAACACAAAGACGAUGAUGAUUUCUGCUUCCAUUGUAAGGGGCAAAUCGACGAUGAUGACGGUGUUUUGGAGUGUAGCGAAUGUCGCUUUCGCUACCAUAUUGGUACCUGUGCAGGCGUAACCGAAAAGUCCCUCCGGGGAAAAAAGCCAGGGUUCAAAGAGACUUGGAAAUGCCAAACGUGUCUGAGUGCUAGAGCAAGAACUCGCAGCGCUCUGGAAGAUGAACAGUCAAAAAAUGAAUCGCCAGAUGUUCAACAGCAACUGACCCGUAUAAUGGGUAUGUUAACAAUACUCGCGCCACUAAAGCAACAAGUGGAUGAGCUGGUGGGCAUGAAACAAACUGUGAUGGACAUUGAGAAAUCGGUGCAAGCAAUGUCCGACAACUACGAUGAAGUCUUAAGAAAAAUGAAAGAGCAUGACAGCGAAAUAAAAGAACUGAGGAAAAAGGUGAAUCAACUAGAACAAGAACGGAAAACUGACGAAACUACCCAACUAAAAAAAGAACUAAACAAAUUGGAACAAUACGGGCGAAGGAAUAAUCUUGAAGUGCACGGUCUUGUAGAAACUACCAAUGAAAAUUUGCUCGAAAAGCUUAACAAAAUCGCGGAUCAGAUAGAAGUUCCGCCCCUAACGAAAGAUAGCGUAGAGGCAAUCCACCGCGUUCCAACUAGGACAAAGAAGACGCCUAUGGUGAUUGUGCGCUUUGUGAACAGAAAUGAGCGAAAUGCAUGGCUUCAAAACAAGCAAAAGUUAAGGUCGGAAGCCGAUGAUGGCAACGUGUACCUGCAAGAAAACAUGACGGCGUCGAACCGAAAGUUGUUCUACGAUGUUAGAACAAAGGCGAAGCACCUCAGCUACAAGUUUAUUUGGCACAAGGAAGGUUGUUCAUACGUGAGAAAACAAGAAGGCGCACCGACCAUUCGGAUUGAGCAUGAAGGCGAUCUUGAAAAAAUUAAAUAG